UUUCAAAUACUUGUGAGAACGCUGCACGAAAGGGUGUAAGUGUUGGCAAAAUAUUAUAAAAAAAGUUAAGUAAAGAAAAAAGAAAUUAGUAAAAUAAAUGUUUUUAAUUGAAUUAAAAAACUGGUUAACUAAAAAAAUAUUAGUAAAAAUGACAUAUUUAAUUAACGAUUGCAACUAUAAUAUUGUUGUGUGGCAUUAAUGAAUUAUUACUAAAUAAUUUUUGGUAAAACUUGAAAUGUGAAAUAAAAGGAAGUUAUUAUAUAACUAAUAUAAGAAAAUAAGGUGAUAGACUUUGUUUUAGAAUUUUCUUAGAACAUUUUAAUAACUAAUAUCAUGGCAGUUUUAUUUUACAACGUUGAAGAUGAAAAACAUAAUAUAUGUAAAUAUAUGAAUUUUAAUACUUUAAAGAUGUAUUAUGAAUUGCUUUGGAUAUAUUUGUGAUUAAAAAGAAAUAUAAUGUCCAAUCACGAAAGUGAUCGCAUCAACUGUCCAUAAUAGUACAAAUAUGUUUGAUACUUUCAAUUUCUUCAGGACACAACAAACAAUGAGCUGGCUAUUACAAUCUAUAGCAGUCUUGGCCUUUUGCACCAAUGAAGAGGAAAUAUUUAAAUUAGAGAUCCACAGUAUACAUAGUCAUUUAUUGUGCAAUGUUUUGGUUGUGCUUUAACCAAAGUAAACAUUAUGAACACUUGUCUUUUCGACAUUCGGAAUACCAGAAAGAGCGAUUACAUCAAAACUCUUUGCUUCCGCAAUCCUCCACUAAAAAACUCAAAACAAAUAUCAUCUCACGAUAUGAUAAAUCGAGGAGCUAUUUCGCAUUUGUAAAACUAACCAAAUGCUCGCGUAACUCGUUUUGUCAUUUUGGAUUGCAAUUCAUUAUACUUCUAAUGUUAUCUUGUCGAACGGAAUGGUGUCAUUGUUUACCUGAUGGACGCGCGACUUGUCGAUCGGUAGCAGGUUUAACUAAAGACCAACUUGAACUUUGCUACAAAGCUAGUGAUGUGGCAACAGCAGCUCUCGAAGGUCUAGACAUGGCAAUUCGUGAAUGCCAAUUACAGUUUCUGUGGCAUCGUUGGAAUUGUUCAUCACUUAGCACAAAAAUACGUAACCCACAUGUAUCAAAUCUUCUUAAAAAAGGUUACAGGGAAAGUGCGUUUGUGUUUGCCAUCUCCGCUGCCGGUGUAGCGCAUAAUGUUGCUCGUGCUUGCAGUCAAGGACGUCUGGUGUCAUGCGGUUGUGAUCCUUCAAUUAAUCGGAAAACGCUUAAUAGAAAUCUGAGAAGAAGCCUUGAUAAGGAGAAGAAGCUAUUUUUCCAAUACUUAGAAACAAACCAAAUACUAACACCUGAAGAGGAGAAGAAGUACGAAAGGGCGAAAAUUACCAGCCGUUGGAAAUGGGGAGGAUGUUCUCAUAAUAUGGACUUUGGAGUUGAAUUUUCUAAGUUAUUCUUGGAUUGCCGUGAGAAGGCUGGAGAUGUACAAUCAAAAAUUAACCUGCAUAAUAAUAAUGCUGGACGAAUCGCUGUUUCCAACCACAUGGAGCUACGAUGUAAAUGUCAUGGAAUGUCCGGUAGCUGCCAGUUAAAAACUUGUUGGAAAUCUGCACCGAAUUUUCACGUAGUUGGUAAAUUGCUUAAGCAUCAGUUUCGGCGGGCUCUAUUAGUGGACCAAUCUAAUUUGGGAAAUGGAGAACCUAUAAUCGUACUAAAACGAUCACGAACUAAGAAACAAAAUUCUUCCACGAAAAUUAAACAAGCUGAUAACCGAGAACGAAAUAUACGACCAAUUCGCAAAAUGAAAAUGGAAAUAAAUGAAAAAAGGUCUGCCGGUUACCUUGAGACAUCGUUAUUUUAUUAUCAACGAUCGCCGAAUUUUUGUGAGCGAGACUUAAGCGCAGAUAUUCAAGGAACAACAGGCCGCAGAUGCAAUCAUAAUAGUACUGUUAGUGACAGUUGCACAUCCCUGUGUUGUGGCCGAGGCUAUAAUUUAGUUAAAGAAAAGCGGGCUGAGCGUUGCAAUUGCAAAUUUCAAUGGUGUUGCAACGUGGAAUGUGAUGAAUGCCAAAUAGAAGAGUGGAUAAGCGUUUGUAAUUAAUUUUCUUGACUUACUAUUAGCAUAAUAUGUAUCAGGUAUGGAAAAAUAUUGCUAUAAUUGUAUAUAUGUAUAAACAUAUUAAUAAGCAUAAAACAUGUGAGUAACCAUAUAAUCAAAACAAAAUAGUGUGCACAUUGUUAAAAUAAUGUAUUUUAUAAUUAAUAAAUGGAAAAUUACAUUCAACAAGACGGAAC